UGGGGGAAUUGUGUGCUUGUGUUAAUCAAAUAUUUGAUCCAAUUAAAUUCCCUGCCUCUCACUUGACUGCCAGAGCUGUGAAUCAGAUGGUUAUCAGGUAUUGGCCUUGGAUACAAACCAGUUGGGUGUAUUGUUGUAAAAGUGUACUGGUAUUGAGGACUACUGAGCUGUGACUGUACUGGUAAUAGUCAGUUGUCUCUUGGCCUUUGCUCAAGCUAGGUAGUUUCUCAAGUGUAUUUGUAUUUCUGUGGUGAGGCCUGUCCUUAACUUGAAGUUAUCUUGUCAAAAGCUAGGUAUAAUAUUACUUAUCUUGAUCAGUUGUUUGAACUUUCACUAAGUACAUCAUUGGAAGGAUAUCUACCUGUCAUCUAUAUUUUCUGCUUUAUGCAAAGUUGAACAGAGGAAUGUGUACAACUUUUAUUGGACAGUUCAUGUGUGUUAAAAUACUAUCACUGAACUGAGUUUGUUGUUGUGUGCUAUAGGGUGUGACAUUCUCUGUAUAAAGGAUUUAUUUUAAACCAGUCUGAUAUGGAUAUUCUAUACUGUGAAACACUGGAUUAAAGUUUAUUAUUAGAGAAAAGUUAUUUUACAAAUCUAACUAGGAAAGGACGAUAAUGACAGUAAUCAGAGUAAUAUGAAGAUAACGAAACAUGGAGAACAGACAUUAUUUAACAACAUCAGUAUUUAUUUUUCUUUUCUUAAUGGUCGUCUCACAGACCCAUGGAAUGUUGUUAGAUGGAAAUGGAGUGGUUAAACCAGAUGAUCCAUAUGUGUUUUUUGGACAUGACCUGAUGCUGUGGUGUAAUUUGACCAAUCCACGUCUACGAGAAAAUUCUUCAUCAAUGUACUUCAAGUUAAAUGAUGUAACUAUUCCACAACGGUACAUCAGAAUAAUCAACACAAAAUCUAUCAAACUGGUAUACCCUAUAACUGUUGAUAAGUUUGGCUGUUCACAAGAUCUGAAACGCUUUAAUUUUGUGUGUUUGUUAAAUAAGAGUCACAGCCAAGAAGUUUUAGAUCAUCAAUUAGUUCAAGUCAAUUAUGAACCUAAACCUGUUACUGAUUUUACUUGCCGUGUAUAUGACUGGGAGAAUAUGACAUGCACAUGGAAUUUAUCAACACCCUACUGUAACUAUGAUGAUAUUGAUGUAUCUUUAGUCUGGUCUGUAGAACGUUUUAUUAAAAUCACGGGUGCACAAAAUGAUUGUCUACAUUUAACAAGAACUUCUUGUUCCUGGAAACCAUCUACAGAUAUGUUACAUCCAGAUAUGAUGUAUUAUAUGAUGGUGGUUGUCACAAAUAUAAAAGCUAAUAAGAAGGUCAAGUCAGAUAUUUUCAAAAUUGAUUCAAGCAAAAUUGUUCAACCAGCACCAGUAGAAAAUUUGAUUGUUAGUAGAAAUGGAACAAACAGUACAUGCCUUACAGCUAGUUGGACACAUCGAUUAAAACAUAGAAAACGUGAAUACAAAGUAGAAAUAGAAAUACAGUCAGAAUUAAUUGAAGAAGAACAAAAGAUGAUUCUCUUUGAUGAUUUUAAAGACAACUACACUAUUUGUGGUCUUCUACCUCAUACAUUAUAUAAAAUAUCAGUUGCUAAUAAACCAACAGUUAGAGGCUUUUGGAGUGACAAUGUAGAAAUGGCAGUGAAAACGGCAGAAGACAUACCCUGGGGAGCACCAAUUCUUUGUCCGGGAUGUUUUACCGAAAAGUCCUGUGAAGAUAUAAAUUGUGGUGUUCAAGUUUAUUGGAAGCCUGUUGAAAAGAAACUUCAGAAUGGAAUAAUAACUGGUUAUAAAAUAGAAGUAUUAAAUCAAGAAACUGGCAUUACCAGCACCUCUCUUGUACCUGGCAGUUUAACUUCAUAUCAUUUGCAACUACCACAUGGUAAAACAGUGGAAUAUCUUUUUACCAUAACCGCCAAAACCAAUAGGGGAUUCUCCAGAGAUGCUUCGUCUAUUAUUAUUCCAUCAGAAGUAAAAGCACCUAGUAAAAUUGAAGAUCUGGUGGUGGAAGUUGUAAAUACAACCAAUAUUAACCAAUAUCAGAUUCGCUGGUCUGAUGAGGUUAAUAUGCAUGUUCUUCAUUAUACUUUAUACUACUGUAAAAAAUCAGAUAUAACUUUGGAUUGUAGGGAGAGCAUAUCAUGGCAACGAUUGGACGCUAAUAAAAUGGAACAUAUAUUGGAAUUAAAAUUUGAUGAUUCAGCUCAUACCUGGCAUCAAAUUGGCAUCUCUAAGGAAACUAAGAAAGAUGAUAUACGCAGAAGUAGUGGCAUUCAAUGGAAUAAAUGUGUUUACAUGAAGGAUACAAAACCUGUAUCAGCACCUAAAAAUGUGAGAUUUACAGACCUACAACCAGAUAGAGCCCUAUUAGUGGAAUGGGAUAAACUGGGUUGUCUGGAUAAUGCAGCCUACAUCACAGGUUAUCUUAUUCAUAUUUGUCAAGUUGCAAAUAGAAAUGGAGGAUGUACUGGUGAUGAACGCAAUCUGACCAUAUCAAAUAAAUUAGCAAAGUAUCAGAUUGAAGAUUUAAUUCCAUAUGCUUUAUAUGAAGUUACCAUGCAGGCUGUAUCAAGUGCUGGUCUGGGUCCAAAGAGCCCUUCAAUCAGUAUUCAUGUAUCAGACAACAGGUUAAAUAAUGGUGAAAUAGCGGGUAUUGCCAUUGGAUCAUUGUUUGUAAUAGCUCUAAUUAUAUUUGCAGUCCUCAGAUGUAUUAGAUGUGCAAAGAAGGAAAAAAGAAAUUGUAAUAAAUUGACAAAAAUAGCUAUUCCAGAAUUAACUACAGCAGACAUUCCAAUAAAACAGAAUUGUACGAGCCAUGUUCAAAGUCGACCAUUACCUGCUCCGCCAUUAAGUUCCUCUCAAGGUAGAACAGAUUCCGGUUACGAAGGAGAAGAUGGGCAAUACGAACCUGUGGGAUCACCACAAAACUCUCGUAAGAGUAUUACAUCGAAAACUAUACUUAUCAACCAUAUGGAAUAUCAAGAUGAAUCUGACAAUCUGAAUCAACUUUCCCCCACUGAAACUUCACCUUACGCUGUUACUGAUGUGAUGUGUAGUCCACAUUCAUUAAAUAUAUGUGGGGACAAUUUAAAUCAAUCAAAUGUGGAUAAUUCUGAGCCGUGUAUAGACAGUUAUACCAAAUUUGAUAUGGAUAGCGAAGAAAACAGCGGAGUAAUUCAUCCUCAGAAUAUCAGUGUAAAUAAUAUUAAUCCACAAACUUAUCAUGUAGUGGGCUUUGUGGGUCGAAAUGUGCCGAAUUGUCUGCCACUAGAUAUAUCAGAAUUUUCUAAAUAUAAAUUGCACGGACCGAAAACUGAGUCAAACUUAAUGACUAAUCCUGAAAUAACUGUGACUCCUCAAAUAAUACCUCCCACUCAAAACAGUGACUCUAGUGAAGAGAGUAGUGAUUAUGUCCCUCUAAGUGAUUUACAAAAUAGUCCCACCAGGGCAAAUCAACCUGUGGUGUGUGAAUUGGUUUCACCGUCUGGUGAUAUACACAAUACACAAACACUAUUAAUACGCAGAAGAGAUCCAAUGAGACCUCUUAGUGACUACAUGCAUAAUUUGCCAAAACAAUAUUUUGUUGAGCCAAAUAAAGACGAACCCGGACCCACAACGGAAUUAUAGAGGAACUACAUGCUGACUUUAUUGUGAUAUGCCGAAAGACAAUGUGAUGUGUAUGAAUUAGGUCUGAUAAAGUCAAUUAUUUUCUUCUGUCUUGUGCAAUGAUAUUCCAAUUGAUCAGGGAGACUAUAAGUUCAUUGACAAAGAUGUAACAGUCCCUUAACUCCUCAUCACAUGCAGAUGGAUAAUUAUUCAAGAUCUUUGCUCAAUUAACGGUAUGUGAAAUAUCAAGAACAAUUUCAUUACAAGCCAUGAAAUUCAUUAAAUGGAGUGCAUUCAAACAACAAUUGUCCAGUGUUAAAAAUCGGCCAUUUAUAUCAAAACUGGUAUAUGCAUCAAAUUUCACAUUUCUCUUGAAGAGAGAGUAUAUCAGUUUUUAGAAUCAUAAUUCUAGUAUACAUUCUGUUUUCCAUUUGACUUUAUUUAGAAGAAAUGUUCAAAUAAAAUGAAUUAGUGAGAUAUGAAAAUAGCUUUACUCUUAUACAUCUACGAACAUACAUGUAGCAGCUGAUUUGUCUGCAAAUUAUAAAGUGCUAUAAUUAUAAUAUUCUUCUAUGAAGAAGGGUUUUUCAAUUUACUGCGAUAAUGAAAUGAUUAUGUUCCAAGAAGCUGGAUUUAUUUAUUUUUAAUGUUUGUUAAUAUAUUGUUUAAGCAUUCCAUUUCACAUUUGAUAUGAAAUACAGAUAGACCCAAAACAUAUUUUGUUACAAUUUUCAAUAAUUUAAUUAUUUAAUAUAUUAAAGAAUGUUAUUCACGUUUAUUUUAAUAUUUAUUUAUUACCAUUAGUUAUUUUUUUUCAAAAUUUUUUGAUUAGAAUCAAACAUCAGAAUUUAAAUAAUAUGUAGAUUAUUUUUAGGUUUUAAGAUGAUAUAUUAAUUAUUUAUAGAUCAUUUUUUCAAACAUAAUUAAAUGUGUAAAAUGAUUUGUUGCUAAGUAUGUUAUGUAAAUUAUGGGUUGUAAUUUGUAUAUAAUUGAAUUUUGUCUGUAUAUAUAUAGCCGACAUCUGCUAAACAUUGCAUUAUUUGUAUAUUAUCAAAUGGUUGUGAACCUAUGUAUAUUAGCAGGUUGUGAGUUGGUUCCUUGCCAUUUAUUUGUGUCAUUUUGAAAUUGCUUUACAUUAAACAUUUCUGUUGAUGCAUUUCAUUAUAAAAUCCUUGAGUGGCAUUUAGCGAUUGAACACAUUAAAAACACAACACAGUUUAUAUGGAAAUACAAUCACUGGUUUAUAAGUAUAGCACGACGUUUCGACAAGUAUUCUCUUAUCGUUAUCAAGCACAAAUGAUAACGAUAAGAGAAUACUUGUCGAAACGUCGUGCUAUACUUAUAAACCAGUGAUUGUAUUUCCAUAUAAACUGUGUUGUGUUUUUCAUUUCAUUAUACAUUGUAUUUAUUUCAUUGGUAAGAAAAACAAUUAUUGCUUUUUGAGCUUAAUUAGCAAUUUGUUGCAUUAUUUCUAUGAAUAAAAAAAUCCAGUAAAAACUAA